AUGAGUAUUGAUGAACAUAAAGUAGCAGCAGAACUAUACAUUUCAGCUGAAGAAUUUGACCGUUCUAUUGAUAUUAUGGUUCAUAAUUGCUGGACACAUAUGCUGUUAGAACUUGGACGUCACACUGACAAAGCUGAAGAAACAGUUCUAAGUAGAAUUGGUGAUGAGCUUCGUAAACUAGGUGAUACAGAAAGUGCUGUUGAAAUUUAUGCUAAAUUGGGCAAGGAUAUGGGACCUGACAUGGUAUCUUUACAUGUAGAGGCACAUAAUUGGGAUCAAGCCUUUGCCCUAGUUGAAAAAAACCCAAUUUUUGCUCCUCUAGUAUAUUUACCUUAUGCUGAAUGGCUGGCAGAAAAUGAUAAAUUUGUUGAAGCACAAAAAGCUUUUCUUAAAGGUGGCCGACCAGAACGUGCAUUCCAGGUAUUACAGAUGUUAACUGAAAAUGCUGUUGACGAACAACGUUUUCAAGAUGCUGGUCAUUAUUAUUGGUUAUUAAGUAGACAAUAUUUAAAUAUUGCUUCAAAUAGUAAUGAAAAUUCACAAAAUGAUAAAAUGAUAAACCAAUACAAUUUGUAUGACAAGUAUGCUUCAAUAUAUUAUGCGUACAAUGCUAUUCACCGCUACAUGGAGGAUCCUUUUAUGUCAUAUCAACCAGAAACGUUAUUCAAUAUAUCACGAUUUCUAAUGAAUGAAACAAAAAAUAUACAUCUAAAAGGAGUUUCAAAAUUUGCCAUAUUAUAUUCAUUAUCAAAACAAGCACUUACCAUGAGAGCAUUUAAGUUAGCAAGACAAAUAUUAACAAAAUUACAACAGCUGAGAAUUCCUUCUGAAUAUCAAGAUUAUGUAGAUCUUGCUUCAUUGAGUAUUCGUGCAAAGCCAUUUCAUGACAAUGAAGAUCUUUUAUCGAUGUGUUAUCGUUGUUUGACUUAUAAUUCUCCAGUGGUUCAAACAUGUAUCACAUGCAAUCAUAAGUUUAUAUUUUCCCACAUAAAAUUUGAAAUUUUGCCAUUGAUUGAAUUCCAAUUGGAAGACAAUAUAUCAGACACCGAAGCAUUGAAAUUAAUACAAAAUUCUCACGAUGAAAGUAAAUCAAAACAGUCUGAAAAUAAAUCUCAGAAAAUGAAUACAUUCAUUUUAGAUGAAGAAAGUCAAGAUCAAUCAGUUGACCCGUUUACGUAUAAACUUAUGAAUUUUGAGAACAAAGAAAAUUCUUAUCAACCCAUAAAAGUUAACAAAACUAUAUUACAAUCAAUGAGCACUACUAGUAUAAUAGUUUGUAAAUGGCCAAAACCAUUGAAAUUUAAAUACUACAGAAAUGUAUUACCUGGAUUUUUAGUGACAAACUGUCAAAAUUGUUUUAAGAUGUUCCAUUCAGAUGAAUAUGAAGUAGAAGUUUUAAGAUUUGGUUAUUGUCCAUUUUGCAGAACAAAGACAGGAUAG